AUGGCUGUCGUCUACGAGGGACAACUCAAGGGGCACCGCGGCUGGGUGACCUCCCUCGCCUGCCCACAGAUCCCCGAGACGUACAUCAAGACGGUGUCGACCUCUCGUGACAACACACUCAUUGCGUGGGGCGGCAACCUCGACCGCAACAGCGAGGAGUGCGAGUACGGUUUUCCAGAGCGCCGUCUGGAGGGUCACAGCGCGUUCGUGUCGGAUGUCGCCCUUUCGAACAACGGCGACUUCGCCGUUUCUGCCUCCUGGGACCGCUCCCUGCGUCUGUGGAACCUGCAGAACGGCAGCUGCCAGCAAAAGUUCCUGGGGCACACCAAGGACGUGCUCUCCGUGACCUUCUCGCCGGACAACCGCCAGAUCGUCUCCGGUGGUCGCGACAAUGUGCUGCGGGUGUGGAACGUCAAGGGCGAGUGCCUGCACACGCUCAGCCGCAAUGCUCACACUGACUGGGUCAGCUGCGUCCGCUUCUCCCCGUCCCUCGAGGCGCCCCUCAUCGUGUCAGGCGGCUGGGACAACCUUGUCAAAGUGUGGGACAUCGCCUCCGGCACGCUCCUGACGAACCUGAAGGGCCACACGAACUACGUCACCUCCGUGACGGUCUCCCCCGACGGCUCUCUCUGCGCCUCGUCCGACAAGGACGGCGUUGCCCGCCUGUGGGACCUGACGAAGGGUGAGGCCCUUUCUGAGAUUGCCGCUGGUGCCCCCAUCAACCAGAUUUGCUUCUCGCCCAACCGCUACUGGAUGUGCGCCGCCACCGAGAAGGGCAUCCGCAUAUUUGACCUGGAGAACAAGGAUGUCAUCGUCGAGCUCGCGCCCGAGGCACAGCAGAGGAGCAAGAAGACCCCUGAGUGCGUGUCGAUCGCAUGGUCCGCUGACGGCAACACCCUGUACUCCGGAUACACCGACAACGUCAUCCGCGUCUGGAGCGUCUCCGAGCAUGCGUAA